AUCAAACAUGGUACGGUUUAUAUCUUUAUCGAGAUCUGUUAGACUGAGAAAGACAUAAAAGAUAUUAUGCAAUCUUCAAUGAGAUUCAUUUAAUUUGAUUUUGCUUUGGUAAUGGUGAUGGUGAUGGUAAUGAUUGGUAUAUAAAGCAAUAAUCUUUGGAAGACCAGAAAACAAAGUUAAAUUUCGAUUACGUGGUUUCAAGCUUCUAUUAAUAAAAUACUACAAAAGAGAGAAGUGGAGGGUGACGACGUCGUUUUUGAGGUGUCUAGAUCUUCCUGUCUAUGUUAGCGAGCGCCUGGUCUUUCGUCUCUUGUCUGCCACUCUUACGAUAUCUGCAAAAUCGUAUCUGAGCUAAUACGGGUCAUUUAGGGAAUGAGAGGUCCUCGAAACCUUGAGGUAUGGAAGAUGGGCAUUGUCAACUAUUUGGAAGCUCAUAAACUGCAGGAAAAACUGGUAAGUGCUAGGAAAGUUAAUAAGAUCCCAGAUACACUUUUGUCCUUGCAACAUCCACCUACAUACACCCUCGGCAAACGGAGGACUGACCACAAUCUACUAAUCCCGGAAUCCGAUUUAAAAAGUAUAGGAGCUGAACUAUGUUAUACACUGAGGGGAGGAGAUAUAACAUUUCAUGGUCCACAUCAAGCAAUCUUAUAUCCAAUUAUUUCGCUUCGGGGUAUUGGACUUGGUGCUCGGAGUUAUGUGGAGAAACUUGAGUCAACCAUGAUUGAAUUGGCAUCUCUGUAUGGUGUCAAAGCUCAACCUGGAGAAGCAGGCGAAACAGGAGUUUGGGUUGGAGAGAGAAAAAUUGGUGCGAUUGGCGUUAGAAUUUCAUAUGCAGUCACCUCUCAUGGGCUGGCAUUUAAUAUUGAUCCAGAUUUGAACUAUUUCAAGCACAUUGUGCCAUGUGGGAUUGCAAAUAAAGGAGUUACAUCAUUGAGAAAGGAGACAAAUAUGGUGCUUCCUGCAGAAGAAAUAAUUCAGGAGCAGUUGAUCUCUUGUUUCGCAAGACGAUUUGGCUAUACCGACAUUUCUUGGAAGGAGAACGCUUCUGCAUUGUCUGCUGAUUGCGAAAUCGAAUGAGAUAUGUACUCUUUGUUUAGUUUAUUUGUUGUGAUAGCUGAAAUGAAAUCCAGUUUGGAAAAUACUAGUGAUUUGUGUGAGAAAAUUUUGCUGUGUAACAUGUAGCUCCAUAUCUAGGGAUUACAUAAGGUUAGAUUUAGUGUCUUUCCAAGUUUGCAAGCUUGAGAAUUUUGACUUGUAAUUAGGAAAGCCUUGGGUCCAACCUAAUGGAUCUUAUUGACUUCAGUUCCAUAUGUUUGUUUCUUUAAUAGAAUAACAUCUAGUCUCCAAGCACAUUUGACAGCAAAA